CCGGGGCUGCCGGAAAGCGCCGCCAGGGCCCGCCCCGCGCUUGCGACACUCGCCCGCCCCGCGCUUUGCGGCCGCCUCGCGGGUGACGUGUCGGCGGCCGAGGGGCUCGCGCUGGAGCGUCUCCUAGCAACCGGGGCGGGGCGCGGGGAGCGCGCGUGAGAUGGAGCCGCAGCGGGGCCGCGCGGCAGCUGCCCUGCUGGCAGAGUCCUCGCCCGGCCGCCGGCAGCGCGAUGGCGCCGGGGCGCCGGAGCCCACCCAGCAGAGGAGCAGUUGGGCUCAGCGCUUGCUGGGCUUUGAAUGGGCUGAUGUGUCCAGCUGGCACCGCUUCGUCUGCCUGCUCAACAGACCCACGGACCCGGCCUCCCUGGGCGUCUUCCGCUUCCUGUUCGGGUUGCUGAUGGCCCUGGACAUCCCGCAGGAGCGUGGCCUGAGCUACCUGGACCACAAGUACCUGGAUGGGCUGGAGGUCUGUCGCUUCCCGCUCGUGAACUUCCUGGAGCCCCUGCCGCUGGACUGGAUGUACCUGCUCUACGCGGUCAUGCUGCUGGGUGCCCUGGGGAUCAUGCUGGGCUGCUGCUACCGGCUGAGCUGCCUGCUCUUCAUGCUGCCCUAUUGGUACGUCUUCUUGUUGGACAAGACGGCCUGGAACAACCACUCCUACCUCUACGGCCUCCUCGGCUUCCAGCUCACCCUCAUGGACGCCAACCGCUACUGGUCCAUCGAUGGGCUCAGGGACCCACGGAAGAGGAACGCCCACGUGCCCCUGUGGAACUACACAGUGCUGCGCAUGCAGAUCUUCAUCGUCUACUUCAUCGCGGGCAUCAAGAAGCUGGAUGCUGACUGGGUGGAAGGCUACUCCAUGGGGUCGCUGUCCCGCCACUGGCUCUUCGACCCCUUCAAGCUGGUGCUGUCAGAGGAGAUGACCAACCUGCUGGUGGUGCAUGGUGGGGGCCUGGUGCUGGACCUGACGGCUGGUUACCUGCUGUUCUUCGACACCACCCGCCCAGCGGCGCUCGUCUUCGUUUCCUACUUCCACUGCAUGAACUCACAGCUCUUCAGCAUUGGCAUGUUCUCCUACACCAUGCUUGCCACCAGCCCCUUGUUCUGCUCCCCGGACUGGCCGCGCCGCCUGGGUGCCAGGUUCCCGGCCUGCCUCCGAAGGCUCCUGCCCUCCUUGGAGCCACCGCAGCCCAGCGAGGCAUGUGUGUACGGGGGGCCUGAGCGCAAGGGCCGAGGCAGGGGGGAACGAGGGCCAGGGCUGCGCCAGAAGCUGGGGGCCCUCUUCACCGUGCUGUACGUGCUGGAGCAGUUCUUCCUGCCCUACUCCCACUUCAUCACCCAGGGCUACAACAACUGGACCAAUGGACUGUACGGCUACUCGUGGGACAUGAUGGUCCAUUCCCGCUCCCACCAGCACGUAAAGAUCACCUACCGGGAUGGUGUGACCGGGGAGCUGGGCUACCUCAACCCCGGGGUGUUCACGCAGAGCCGACGCUGGAAGGACCACGCUGACAUGCUGAAGCAGUACGCCGCCUGCCUGAGCCAGCUGCUACUCAACUACAACGUCUCGCAGCCCGAGAUCUACUUUGACGUCUGGGUCUCCAUCAACGACCGCUUCCAGCAGAGGCUCUUCGACCCACAGGUGGACAUCGUGCGGGCCGAGUGGUCUCCCUUCCGCCACACUCCGUGGCUCAAGCCGCUGCUGGUCGACCUGUCCCCCUGGAGGGCGAAGCUGCAGGAUAUCGAGAGCUCGCUGGACAACCAGACUGAGGUGGUUUUCAUCGCUGAUUUCCCAGGCCUGCACCUGGAGAACUUUGUGAGUGAGGACCUGGGCAACACGAGCCUGCAGUUGCUGAAGGGGGAGGUCGUGGUAGAGAUCGUCAAGGAGCAGAGGAACUACACGCUGCAGGAAGGGGACAGGAUGCAGCUGCCCCCAGGCGAGUACCACAAGGUGCACACGGUGUCGCCAGAGCCCUCCUGCUACAUGUACGUUUACGUCAACACCACGGACGUGGCCCUGGAGCGGAACCUGACCGAGCUGCAGGAGCUGCGGGACAAGGUGCAGAACGGCAGCGAGACGGAGCCCCUGCCCCCAGAGCUGCAGCCCAUCCUCGAUGGCGCCCUGGGGGACACCAUGCAGCCGGACCCCGUCGUCCAGGCAUUCGUGCGACGCCAGCAGCGACUGGAGGAGCUGCAGAGACGGCGAAAUGCCACGCUCGGGGCGCGGCUGCAGCGCUUCGCAGCCAGGAAGUACUUCCUCUUCCGCCGGAGCUUCCUGAUGACCUGGAUUUCGCUCAGGAACCUGGCGCUGGGGCGCCCGUCCCUGGAGCAGCUGGCGCGGGAGGUGGCCUAUGCCAACAUGCAGCCGGAGGCGGGCGUGGCAGGGGCAGAGGGGGUGCAGAAGGAGCCAGAGCGGGCUGAGCUCUGACCCUGGGGGGAUGGCGCAAGGACACAUUGCAGACAAGGGAUCCCCUCCCCCCCAACCUCAGCUUGAUGGCCCAAUGCACCCUGGGAUAGGCGCACGUCCUCAGGUCCUCCCGCUUCUGCAGGGCUGAUAGGGAGCAGUGCUCAUGCAAGAGGGAUGAGCAGGGCUGGGAAUGGGCCACGAGGCCCCUGCUCACAGCCUGAGCCCCUGGUGAGCGUCAGGCCUGGGCCCACAGCGCACACAGCCUGAGCCCCACGCUGCCCACGGCUCGGCCAGGCUGUCUGCCCCAGGGAGAAACCGAGCUUGGGUGGCAGGGAAUCGCCCCACAGCCUGGCUCUGUGGCAGCACCUACUGCCAGCAAUACGGGGGAGAAGUGUGUGAACGGGUGGGUGGGUAGAGCACGGGGCUCGGAGCCAGGACUCCUGGGUUUUCUCCCCAGCUCUGGGAGGGAAGGGGAGUCGAGUGGUUAGAGGAGGGGUCUGAGGUCAGGACUCCUGGGUGCCAUGCCUGGAUCUACCAUGGACUCAUUGUGGUGCUGGGGACAGACUUGCCCAACACUGACUACCUCGUGGGGGGGCUGGCCAGGUUGGGGUCAUUCGGCAGGCGGGGCUGCUGUCUGAUCACUGGGGGUGGGGGGAAGGCUUCUGUCUCAAUGGUCUUAACCCUUUUCUCCCAAUAAAACGCCUUGUUUCUAAGCCUGGGGCUGUUUCCUGUGCACUGCCUGUGGGAUGGGGUUAGCGGCAGCCCAGCAUCCCCUCCACACUGACUCUCCCUCCCCUGCCAAAGAGUUUGCGUGGGGGGGGGGUUGGAGCACAGGAUGUGGGUCCCGCUCUGCUGGAAAGUUGCCCUGUCUGGGUGCGUCAGUUUCCCCGCAGUACCAGAGCUGUUGGG